AUGGCAGGCGGCCUCGUCAAGUACCGCCACCUGAGCCGCAAUUCGUCCGCGCGAAAAGCCCUGCUGCGCGGCCUCGUCACCCAGCUCGUGCAGUACGAGCACAUCCAGACCACGCACGCAAAGGCCAAGGAGGCCCAGCGCCUGGCGGAGAAGCUCAUCACGCUGGCCAAGAAGAACAACGAGCCCUGCAGGCGAUCAGCCCAGGGCAUCCUCUACACUCCGCAUAUCCUCCUCCCCAAGCUCUUUGGCGAGCUGCGGAAUCGGUACCUCGCCCGCGAAGGCGGCUACACGCGCGUGACCCGCACGGAGCCCAAAAACGCCUACGACCAAGGCGAGAGCGCGGUCCUCGAGUUCGUCGACGGGCCCAAGGACUCGCGUUUCAUGAUGACCGCCAAGGCGAUUGCGAGGGAUCGCGUGCUGGGCCGGGAACCGACGCCCCUGACGAUGAAGAACGCGAGAAAGGUGACGCAGUUUAGGGGGGAGCAGGAUCUGGAGGAUAUGGUGCGGCGGUUUGUGGCUCUGCAGACGACGGAGGGCGGCGCUGCGGGGAGCUCGGACUCGCCCAUGGAGGCGAAGGCGGCGGCGGCGGCGGACGAGGCCAAGGGCUGA